UCUCUGCCUCCUGCGCCGCCGAGAGAGCCGCGGAGUGGUGGUGGUGGCCCUGUUCAGUCGCGGGCCCGUGCGUUCUCUGUUCGUGGUGGGUGCUGUGCGCUGCCGUUGGUCGAGCUUGGGGCCGCCGCCGGUGUUCCACAAUGGAGACGAUGGAGUAGCGUACCGCAGCCAGCGCGCCGCUGGGUAUCGGCCUUUGUCUGGCGACACCAUGGCGGUGGUGGGCGCCCGCUCGGGCCGCCCCGUGAUCGCGUUCACGGGCGCGACGGCCGCCGCUCCUCAGCAGGCCAUCCUGACCGCGGCCCAACCCUUCUACCACCCGCCCGUCACGGUGCAGGAUAUCCAGCCGGACAGACCCAUUGGAUACGGAGCCUUCGGCGUCGUCUGGUCAGUCACAGACCCCCGAGAUGGCAAGCGAGUGGCCCUCAAAAAGAUGCCCAAUGUUUUCCAAAACCUGGUCUCCAGCAAGAGAGUCUAUCGUGAGAUCAAGAUGCUCUGCUUCUUCAAGCAUGAAAAUGUCUUGUCAGCGCUGGAUAUCCUACAGCCUCCACACUUAGAUUUCUUUCAAGAAAUAUAUGUCACAACAGAACUGAUGCAAAGCGAUCUGCACAAGAUCAUAGUUUCUCCACAGCCACUUACUUCAGAUCACUUGAAAGUUUUUCUUUACCAAAUAUUGAGAGGCCUCAAGUAUUUACACUCCUCAAGGAUACUUCACAGGGACAUCAAGCCUGGCAACCUCUUGGUUAACAGCAAUUGUGUUCUUAAGAUCUGCGACUUUGGGCUGGCCCGUCUGGAGGAGCGGGAUGAACAGCGGCACAUGACGCAAGAAGUUGUGACUCAGUACUAUCGUGCCCCAGAGCUCCUCAUGGGAGCACGUCACUAUGGUUCGGCCGUUGACAUCUGGUCCGUGGGCUGCAUCUUUGCCGAGCUGUUGGGACGGCGCAUCCUGUUCCAAGCGCAGACUCCCAUCCAGCAACUGGAGCUGAUCACGGAGCUGCUGGGCACUCCCCUGUUGGAGGACAUGAAGCACGGUUGUGAGGGUGCGCGUGCCCACCUGCUGAGGCGUCCCACCAAGCCGCCCUCCUUGGCGGCUCUCUACACCCUCUCUCCACAAGCAACCCACGAGGCAGUCCACCUGCUCUGCCAGAUGCUUGUCUUCAACCCUGACAAGCGCAUCAGCUGUGCAGACGCCCUGUCGCACCCAUACCUGGAGGAAGGGCGGCUGCGAUACCACUCGUGCAUGUGCCGCUGCUGCCAGAGCACGCCGGCGGGUCGCCACUAUGUGGCUGACUUUGAACCUGUUGCGCCGCAUGCCUUCGACGACUCUUUCGAGACAGAACUUCUCUCUGUGCACCAAGUGAAAGAAAAACUCCACAAGUUCAUUCUGGAAAGGUGUGCCACUUCAAACCGGGUCCCACUCUGCAUCAACCCUCUUUCGACUGCUUUCAAGAGCUUUGCUAGUUCGACGGUGGCGCACCCUUCGGAGCUGCCCGUCGCCCCACCAAUGGGAGUGACACGGGCCCCCUCCCCUGCACCACCCGUGACCCUUGCUGUUGCCAGCCUUGGGGGCCCAAAGGCUGCAGUUGCCACAGCAGCUUCACCGACACAUCAUUCACCACUGCGAUCACCUCUGUCACCACCAUCACCGCCCGUCUACAACGGCGGCACUGCUCCCUCGGGUCCCCCAGUGGCAGCACCACUGCUGAGCCAACCAGCUGCGCGACACUCUCGACACCAGUGCGGAUUGGCUGCUGUCGACUGUCUGUCACUCUCUCACACACAUGCACGGGAUUAGUGUUGAUGGGGAGGCUUCUUGGCCUAAGGGUGCAAGUCGAUGCGUCGGGAGCAUUUUGGUUGGUGGUCGACCGUCUACUGAGCGACUCGCCCGCAAGCACUCCGUGAGAAGCUUGCGGCUGUCAUGUGUCAGCCACGAAUGCGUCCAGCUUUGAGAAAGGUACAGAAAGGUCCUUGCGGAUAGAGCCAUUGUCAAGGCUGUGAAUGGAGUCACUUUUUUUUUUCUCCUCAGUGGCACCUGCUGGAAAGAGGGAAAACGAUCAGCAAGUUUUCUUUUCUAUUUUUUUAGCUUCACACUUCAGUUUUCUCUUAUAUAGCCAUACUGCGUUAUUUUUCCUCUGCUUUUAGCCAGGGUGUUCACUUGAUUGCAGGAUUCCUUAUACUUCUUUUUUUUUUCCGAUCCUGUUUUGCCCUACUUGGACCCUUUGAGGAGGUCUUUGUUUGGUCUGGUUUGCAUAACUGAAGAAAGAUAUUGCGGCAUUUUGAAGAAAGAUGCAGGAGCUCGGACCAUCUGGCUCUCGGUAUUCAGUGAAAUUUGUCAGGGACCACCGCAAAUGCAAGAGGCUUUGGGGCAAAUUUCAUGUGACGCAAUGCCUGACCAUUUGUCGCUUGCUCUGGGCAAGUGUAGUCACCGGUGACGGCAGACAUUCAUCGGCACCCCAAGCCUACCCCAGGUUUCUCCUUGGGGACUAGUAAAGAGCAUGCUUGAUACUCUUCUCA